AUGGUUACUUUAUCGACUAAGAAAAUUGUCUUACUCUCAAUUUUCUCCGUUACAAUAACAACUCAAUCUUCAACAGAAACUAGCAUUCAAACUAAUUCUACGGUUUCAACAACUCCAUUUGAUCCAAGCCACCCGAGCAAUGUCCGAAUUUUGGUUCUUGCUAAGCGAUUGAGAAAUUCUGUCACUUUCUCCGGCGAUGGAGAAAUUUUAGAAAGGACUUUUGUUUUCGCACCAUCUCAAAAUUUUGCCGACACAAGUGCUUACGCAGUUGUACAGGGAACGAUGUACAUUUUCGGGGGCUAUUCGGAUUCUCACAAAAUCGCAAAACUGGAAAGCUGUCGAUUGUCAGAGAUCUCUAUUAGACUCAUUAACUCGUACGAAUAUGCUCCUGCAGCGUUGGCAAUAGAAAAUGGCCACAAAGCAUUAAUCUGCUUUGCCCAAAACCACAGAGAAAAAUGUGAGAUAUUUGACACAGUUGAAUCGACAUCCACUCACUCCACAAAAUACGAGCAUCAUUUUGGCGGCUUUGGUUACUAUAACGGGCAGCCAACAACGGUUGGAAGUGCCUUUUACUGGAGUUUUCAGAAAGUAGAGACUUACUCCUCAUCUGGAUGGAACGAGCUUGCAGAUCACCCAAAAAAAAUUUACCGACAUACAUUGACUGGACUUGACAGUGGAGCAAUGCUUAUGGUCGGCGGAAGAGACGCUGAAUCAGAAGAAAAUCGCGAUAUUUGGCUUUUGAAAGAAGGAAUUUGGGACCUUAUUGGAUACCUUCAACAUUCGCAGGCCGAGGCUUCAGCAUUGAAGGUUGGCGACUAUAUCUACAUUGUCCCCAGAGAAAUCGAGGAUUCGGAUGGACUUUUACCGAUUGAAAGAAUUCAAGUUUCCAAUGAUGAAGUUAUCGAGACAAAAGUGAUUGCUCGGCUUAUUGACAAAAGCACCCUUCCAGUCGUUUUUGAAAUAGAGAUCGAUUCUUGUUUUUAA